AUGUGGAGACACAGCCAGGUUCUUCUUCUGCUGCUGCUGCUGCUGUCCUCCUCCUUGGCCCAAAGAGAUCCACUGCGGAGGCAGAGUGAUUGCCCGAACGAAGCCAGGCCUCACUCCAGACCCUACAUGGCUGCCUUGCUGGAUUCCCAAAAUGAUCACACCUGUGGCGGAUUCCUCGUGGGGCGCCAGUGGGUCAUGACUUCUGCACGCUGCGAAAGUGUUGAUACAGUUUUCCUGGGAGCACAUGACUCUGAAUAUGAAUUUCACAGCGUGGCCCGUGUAUACCAGCACCCAGAGUUUAUAUCCGAGAACAGCACCUUUCCAAAUGAUAUCCUUCUGCUCAAGCUGCGUUCAAAGGUUCGUCUGAAUGAAAACAUUCGCAUCCUGCCAUUGCCAACAUCUAGCAAGGACCUCUCCGAGGGGACACCCUGCAGUGUGGCCGGCUGGAACUCGAAUGGGAAAGAUUGCGCAUUAAGGCUGCAUGAGGCCAACGCCAGCAUCUAUGACCGAAGCGAGUGCCGGAAGUUCUAUCCCGAGAUUGAUUAUGGAAAGAUCUGUGCAGGUGAACGUGAAGACAGCUGUCAGUUAUUUGACCAGGGGGAGAAGGGUGAUCCUUUGGUGUGCAAUGGCGUAGCGCAUGGAAUCCUCUCCUACAGCAACCCCUGCCCUCCUGCCGUAUACACUCGCAUUUCCAAGUACCUUCCUUGGAUCAAGGAAACCAUGGCCAAGUGA